GAUGAUAUACAAGGCACCUCUUUAGUGGAGUCUACGACAAUAACAGACGAGGUCACCGAUACUAAUAACGGGUCUGUACCUGUGAGUCAUACGACGGAGGUCGUAAACUCGUUUAAACACCUUGAAGAUUAAGUAUAUCAUCAAUGCAAGUGGGGUGUGGUCACUCUACUGCUGUAGAAGUGGGGGAAAAAGAAGAGUCGCACGAGAUUAGGAGAGAAGGCGUGGUAGAUGUGGAUCCUAUUGAAGAAAGAGACGCGUUACAACAUGCUCAAAAUGAAGUCGGAGACCCAAUAACAUUUAAUAUAUCGAACGAGAAUCAACGCUAUUUUCAACGGUUUGAUGCGUACGGUCGUGAAAUAACGCUCGUUAUUUGUCAGGCUCCAGAGGCUACCGAUCCAUUAAUGUGGCUGGAUAAAGUACUUGUAGAAAUACACGCAUAUCUUACAAAUUCGAGUGAUCCUGACGAUUACAUAGGUGUAACAUUUACAGCCGAUACUUUUUCACUUGGUCCAGUGUGGUUAUCUUUCCGUUAUGUACGCGAUUUUCAAUAUAUAGACUUAUGGGCACUAGUGAGCCGAGCCGCACAAAGCAAUACAAAUUUUUGUAUUAACGAUAGCUGUACGAUAACAUGUUGUGUAAUACGUGGAGUAAACGGAUGUUCGCGAAGAAAAUUAACCCAUAAUGUGGCAAAACGGUCGAUAUUAACGAUAACAAACACCGAUAAUUUAUGCCUCCCACGUUCAUUAGUAACAGCUUUGGCAUAUGCAGAACGCGGUGAAAUUCGUUCGGCUGAGUUACAUCGUUAUUGGAUGGCUAUACGUUUGGCUAGGGGUAAACUACAAAAAGAAAAGGCGCUCGAGCUUGUAAGAAAUGCUAAAAUAGAUAUACCGCCUAAUGGUUGCUCUAUAUCGGAGUUAGAGUAUUUUCAAAAAUAUUUAGCAAACGCGGGAGUAGCUAUAGUUGUAUACGAGGUUGAAACGCUAGGGCAUGGUGGAGAGCCUUUAUAUGAUGGGACGGCUUAUGUAAUAAAUUCAUUCACCAGCGUCGUACAUACGCUGCGUGUUCUAUAUUAUCGAAGAUUACACCAUUUUGAGCCAAUUCUAAAUUUACGCGCCGCUGUAGGAAGUAGGGGUUUUUGCGUGUUUUGCAAUGUAGCGUAUACUAGAAUAAGGGAUCAUAAAUGUUCGCGCAAAUGUAAUCGUUGUAUGAGCCAACCACCGUGUAUAAUAACCGCAAAUCCCCGUAUUAAAUGUAAUUCUUGUAAACGCUCUUUUUAUAACAACAAUUGUUUUCAACAGCAUUUAAGGGGAUACUAA